CGAGAGUCGAACCCGACCUGCACUCAGCUCGAGCCAUUGCUGCCCCCUCGCUGCUCUGCCUACAAGAUGUCGACCAUUCUUCGCACGCUGCGCAACCUGAAGCGCAUUGGCUUCAAGGAAUAUGGCCACCAAAUGCAGUACAUUGGUGAUACCAAGGCCGGUACCCUGAUUGGGGUGGACCGCUACGGCAACAAGUUUUACGAGAACAUUGAGGAGGAGCUUCCUCUCCGGACGCGCUGGGUGGACUACAAGGACCACGAAUACGACCCCUCCCACAUCGAGCCUGGCUGGCACGCCUGGAUCUCUUACAUGGUGGAUGCUCCCCCCACCGCCGACAAGAUCAUGCAGACUGGCCUUCGCCGUUGGGAGUUGCCUGAGCACCGCCCCAACUUGACCCAGAGCCGUGCUGCUUUCAAGACCUACUCCACGACCCGUCCCAAGUACUCGGCCUGGACCCCCGUGGCGGCCCCCCGGUAGAUUCACCGUAGUGCUGGUAGACCGUUGGCUUGAAUCAGACCAUGUUCGAAGAUGUGUAAAUAAAGAUGUCCUACUUUCCGUUUUGAAACACUAUCCCCAAUUACCUGCCAUUUCUAUA